ACGCUGCAUUGGUCAGCACUGACUGAAGGAAGCCCUGCAGUUCGUUACAGCUCCUGUCAGUCAAACCUGGUUCCCGGCUACAGGAGAAAACAAGGGCACUGGGCUGAAUGAUAACCCCGCCGUGAGGAUGCUGAGAGCCGCAGCCCUCUUCUGUCUCUCUCCGCGGCUCAACUCUGGAGGACCCUGGAGCGCAUCAUUUGAUUUCUCUGCACCUGAACGCGUUUGAUUUAAUUUGAUUCGAUUUCAAAUAUUGGUGCAUUAUUUAUUGCGCUUGCAAAUCCGAUCCGUCUCGCAGAUAUCGAUCCAGGUAAAGCAGAACCAUGUUGACCAGCAUCAUCGAGAGCAUCUUCUGCUGCCUGAUGGGAAAGACGACCAGCGUUGUGCUGCCGGUCGAGUCAUCAGACGGUAAGCCUGCAGACGGAUACGAGUUUGUGGAGGUGAAGCCGGGCCGUGUGCUGCGCGUGCGCCACAUCCUCCCCGAACGACCUGCUACGACAGAAGCUCAACCAGAAGCGGCCAGCAGCGUCCACUGCAAGCGCAAGAUCACGGUGUACCGCAACGGCCAGCUGGUGAUCGAGAACCUGGGAGAUGUCCUCCACUCCGAGAUCCUGCAGUGUCAGAACGGAGACAUGGAGCAGUGCAGCACAGUGGAGGUGGAGCUGUCCGAUUACACCACUGCACCCUCGUCCCCGGAUCCCAGACCCGCUCCACCGCUUCCCACCUCAGACCAGCAGAAGCCGGCUCCUCCUCCCAGAUGCCGGCGGAGGAGACCCAAGCGCACCGUGCUGAUCGAUACGGAGCGCUGCAUCAGCAGCUGUAAGGGGACACAUCCGGACGUGGCGCUCUUCUUCAUCCACGGCGUGGGCGGCUCGCUGGACAUUUGGGGGACUCAGCUGGAAUUCUUUUCGCGGCUGGGUUACGAGGUCAUCGCCCCGGAUUUGGCAGGACAUGGCGCCAGCACUGCCCCACAGAUAGCAGCGGCGUACACCUUCUACGCUCUCGCCGAGGACUUGCGCGCCAUAUUUAAGAGAUACGCCAGAAAACGGAACAUCCUCAUUGGUCACUCCUACGGGGUGUCGUUCUGUACGUUCCUGGCACACGAGUAUCCGGAGCAGGUGCAUAAGGUGGUGAUGAUCAAUGGAGGCGGCCCCACGGCGCUGGAGCCCAGCCUGUGCUCCAUCUUCCAGCUGCCCUCCUGUGUCCUGCACUGUCUGUCUCCCUGCCUGGCCUGGAGCUUCCUCAAAGCUGGUUUUGCCAGACAGGGCGCUAAAGAGAAGCAGCUUCUGAAAGAGGGAAACGCUUUUAACGUGUCUCCGUUCGUCCUGCGAGCGAUGAUGAGCGGUCAGUACUGGCCCGAGGGGGACGAGGUUUACCACGCCGAGCUGACUGUCCCCAUACUGCUGGUGCACGGCAUGUACGACAAGUUUGUGCCGAUUGAUGAGGACCAGCGGAUGGCAGAGAUCCUCUUGUUUGCGUUCCUGAAAGUGAUCGAGGAAGGCAGUCACAUGGUGAUGAUGGAGUGUCCAGAGACAGUCAACACGCUCCUGCACGAGUUCUUCCUCUGGGAACCUGACAAUACCAAAAAAGAUACGGUUACCAGGAUAACAGCCGAACAGACGCUCGCCGUCAGCACAGGGAUGCCCAAGGUCAACAAGCCCCUUAACAAAUAACCUGAUGAGUGACGUUUUCAGGGUAAACUAAUCAGAAGGCUGUUGAUGGCAGGCUGUCAAAACCGUCACCUUGGCUGAGAGCUGGUUUUUGAUCAGAAGGCCCUGGCGGGUGUCCAGACGUGUGUGAGAAAGAUUCACAGGUUUGAAGAGACUCUCUAGCGAUGAGGGUUAUGUCUCUGUUGUGGACAAUAUCUUUCCAUCUUGCGCUGUCUAAAGAAAAGGACUGGAUGUGUGUCCAGAGGAUGGAAAUCAAGUGUGUCAAAGUCCAGUUGGGACUAAACUACGAGAAAGAAGAGAAGGAUUUGCCGAGACUGCUUUUAAAAAUACCCAAGAGAGUGUUUAAAGUCAACAUGAAAUGCAUUUUAAUUCCAUUAUAUGACACAUUGGUUGUAGUACAAGUACAAUUAUGAAAAACAGCAAUUGCGAUAAAAAUAAUGAGGACUAAUUAAUUGUGAUGGGAAAAUAACAGGAUUGUUUUCAUGCUGACUUUAAAGAAAGUUUGUAUUUAAUCUGUGUUCAUGUCAUACUAGUACUAACAUGUUUUAAUGUCUUCCCUCAUAAAUCAAAUCCACUGCUUGGAGUAGAAGAGUGAUUGGAAACAGAUGUAUGAGACACUGUUAAAACAUCUUAGAAAGAUAACGUACUGUUAAAGAACACACAUUUUACUUGAAACAAAUCAUUCGAGUUAAAAUAAAAACGAAACAACAGAUGCCGGUUCACAUGAAGGAUAGAAACAGGAUGAGAGAAAACAUCGAGCCUGGCAUUGGGAGAUUUUAUGCACUUGUUCGUCUCCUAGCAACUAGAAAGUCGGUCAUUAGAACAAUUGCACAGUGAGAGAGAGAGAGAGAGAGAGAGAGAGAGAGGGAGAUAAUGAUGCUGCUGGCCACAACAUGACACGGUGCUGAGGAAAAACAGGAUAUAAGCUACAAUAUCACAGAGGGGAUUGCAUAAAAUCUGAAUUUAAUAUUGAAA